AUGCCGCAUUCACCUGAAGCCAUUAACUCGCCGCCGGUCUCGCAACCCUCGUCGCCGCUCGGCAUGCAGCCAUGGUCGCGAGAGGUGGGUUGCGAGGCGGUGUCGCGAAAAGAGCGUCUGGAGGAGAAUCACUCACAGCUCAUGAUGGCAACGCUGUCAUUUCCCUCCCUCACUCCCACGGCAGGAGGACGCGGUGCUGCUCCGCCACGCGCUGCAUUGCGGCACGAAGCAGUGGGCCCUCCUCCUCCUUCCCAAACCGCCAGCGUCUCUGCUACUGCGGCUGCUUUUAUUGCCGAGUUUCCAGUAUCCCAUGAAGCCUUCCCCGUUGCUGCUGCCUCCAAUGCUGCUCGGCGUCGUGCGCUGAAGCGACCAAGGGACGAGUGUCCCACGCUGGGGGCAACACAACAGCCGCUGCUCGGUGGACGUGAGAGCUGGUUGGUGCGAGGUGGGGUAGUGCGAGGUGGGGUAGUGCGAGGUGGGGUAGUGCGAGGUGGGGUAGUGCGAGAGGGGGUGGUGCGAGAGGGGGUGGUGCGAGAGGGGGUGGUGCGAGAGGGGGUGGUGCGAGAGGGGGUGGUGCCAGGGGGGAUAGUGCGAGGCGGGGUGGCGUGUAGCACGGAGCGCCGGCAUCAGUCAGUGGCAGAGCAGUUUGAGCAGCAGGGGGAGAGCAGCCGCGUGCAGCAGCAGGCAGCGGACGAAGCCCUUCUGGAGGCCCUGCUGCAGCAGGAGCAUCGCCAGCAGCAGCCGGGAGGAGCGAGGAGCAGGGCGCAGCGGGUGUUCUGGCCCCGCGUUGGGUCAGAGAGUGCCCUUCCAGGCGACGUGCUGCUGGGAUUCAGCAGCGACGAACCUGCCUUCAAGCAACGUGCUGCUCUGUCUGCUCCUCCGCCCACCCAGCCGCAUGCACCGCUGCCAGCGCCAAUGCCUUCCCAGCUCGCUGCUCUGCCUAGCUGCGCUUCCUUCUUUGGUGAUUCCACCCCUUGCUGUGGGAAUUUCGCACUCUGCAUUAGGGAUUUCGCAGUGCACCGGGAGGAAUGGCUCCGCAUUGCGUCAGAGAGCGCCCUUCCAGACGACGUGCUGCUGGGACUCUGCUGCGAGGUCCCUGCCUCCACGCAGCGUGCUGCUCUGUCUGCUCCUGCGCCCGCCCAGCCAUUCACAGCACCAAUGCCCUCGCCGCUCGCUGGUCUGCCUGGCCCCACUCCUGGCUGCACGAGCAGGUGCCUUACAGCGAUGCUUGCUGGGAGUACGUGUGGCACGCAGGAGCAAGAAUACCUGGAUGCAUGCAUUAACAUGCUUGGCAACAUAAACAACACUGACAAGCACAGUGACAAGGACAACGGCGCUCUCUUUCUCGACACGCCCGUGGCUCACGUGCUGCUGGGUGGGAGUGCCCUCACCGUGCCCUUGACGAGUGGUCCUCAGGCUGAGAGGCCUGCAGCACCAGGUUCUGCUGGGACCGCGCCACGUGCUGCUGGGACAGCCCUGCCAGAGUGGGCGGAGGAGCAGGGAGGGACCUUGGAAGGAGGUGCUGAGUGGCACAGGCAGCAGCAGUAUCUCGCCCAGGAGGGCAUGUCAGGACCUUGA